UCCGAGAUUCAGAGAUUUAAAGAUUUUACUUAAACCCCUCUGAUGCACCAUUUUCCCCCCACAGUUUUUCUCUUUACUUAGCCUAAAACAAAAUAUAUGACACAGUGGAGCUGCCUGGUCGGACUGGGAGGAGUCUGUAGUCGCCUGGUGUUUUAAUUGGCUGCAGGCUACAGUGAGAAGCGUGAGUAUCAGUAAUUAUUCAGCAAUGUUUUGCACAAGAAAUGUCAGCCAGAAAGGGCUAUCUUCAUCCUCCGUCAAAUUAUACCACAACGAUGACAUGCCCCAACAACCAAGCUGGAAAUUCGUUUUUCGUGGACUCCUUAAUCAACGUGAGAACCGACAGUGGUUCAUAUUACCAGAGUAACGGCGUGUAUUUGCCACCGGCGCCGGAAUAUUCAUAUGGACUCUCCGGUGGCUCUUGUUUCCCGGGGAUCGGUAAGCGCAACGAGCCAAGCACCCAGAGCGUGAUCCCUUCUUCUGCUCCGUAUGUUCAAGGAAUGGAAACGUGGCUGGAAACGUCGAGAUCCUGCCGGGUGGAUCAGCCCAGCGGCCAGCACAUGGCUCAGUGUUCCUUCUCGCCGAGUAUAAAGGAGGAGGGCGCAUAUUGCCUUUAUGAGUCUGACAAAUGUCCUAAAGGAGCGACAAUAGAUGACAUUUCCUACUCCACCGCAUCAUGCCCGGUGACCGGCAGCACCGUGCCAGUCCCCGGCUACUUCCGCCUGUCUCAGACAUACACAACCUCCAGGCUUUACCAUGAUGUCCAGCCAAACAUGAAUCACUUUACCCUGCAGCGACCUGCCCGCUUGGACAGCCAGUCCUCCCAGCCGCCGGCUGCCUCUGCGGAGCCCGAGCGGAGGGAGAGCCACGAGGAGGCGCCUCUCCCUGCGCCCUGCGCCCCGGCCAGAGAGGAGGACAGCCGCCUCUCCUCGGAAAGCUCAUCCUCCCCCGAGCCCGCUGAGACGUGCAGUGCAGCGGAAUGUCCAGAAAAGCCCGUCAAAGGAGAUGGAAAAAUGGAAAGUACGGCUAAUUGGCUCACAGCUAAGAGUGGCCGAAAGAAGCGCUGCCCCUACACCAAGCACCAGACUCUGGAGCUGGAGAAGGAGUUUCUCUUCAACAUGUACUUGACUAGAGAGCGUCGUCUGGAGAUCAGCCGCAGUGUGCACCUCACUGACAGGCAAGUCAAAAUCUGGUUCCAAAACAGGAGGAUGAAACUGAAAAAAAUGAGCCGGGAGAAUAGGAUCCGAGAGCUAUCCACCAACUUCAGUUUCUCAUGAGACUGUCUGCGUCUCUGGCGCCCUCCUCCAUCCAUGGCAAGGGCGCCUGUGCAGAGCCCCCCCCCCCCCCAACCCACCCACCCACCCACCCAACUGUGAGAAUGUCCAUGGAAAAUAGGACCCUACUGCUAACUUAUUGAUUGUUGUUCUUUCGGAAAAAUGUUAUUUUCACGUCUGUUUUAAUUUGUCGUGGAUAUGUAUUUAUAAAUGGCUACAUUUGUAACGUUGAUCCAUUGUGUUUAAAAUGUUCAGGAUGUGACCACAAUGUUUCAGAGCUUCAGGCUUGUACAUAUUGUAUAUUCAACCUGAGUGAACCAUUGGAAUUUGCAUGCUGGACUAACCCUUGGGAUACUUGUGUUACAGUUACAUGUAGGCCUUUAUGUGACAGCUAAAGAACCCAAGAGGUUUGACGAAUAUUUGCACAUUUUGCUGGUCAAAUUAAUAAAACCAUCCCUGCAA